AUGGGCAGCAACAAUUUAGUCGAGCCAGCCUCACAAUUGCAAAUGAAACAGCAACCAGAAGAAGAGGUUAUGACUUUGGAGGAAGUGACAUUAAGUUUACUAGUAGAGCCUCCCACCGCCAAGAGCGACCAAGUUGUGCGUCUCGAAGGUGUAAGUCCGUCGGAUACUCUUGUGGCACUUCGCCAGCUCGUUGCUGAAGUACCAGCGCUUGCGUGCUAUACGUGCUACCAUUUUGAGGCGAAGAGUCUAACGGACGAUACUUGGCAGCCACUGAAUGAUUAUGUGGAGCUGAGCGAGUACGAGAACGUGUCUGAUGGUACCCUCUUACGUAUGGUACUGGAAAAAUAUGACGCUCGCAAGGUACGUGCCCAGGUACGUCGCUUCCGCGAAGUGCUUAAUAACCCACCUAUUCCUCAGCUCGUUGGAGAGCGCGAGGCACAACCAGAGGCUGAUAAUAAAAUUGAGGAUCCUCCUGAAAGCGAAAAAUUAUCUGAAAAAAAGGUCAAGGAAAUCUCAGAGCAACAAUUUAAACGCCUGCGCGAGGUUCACAAUAAGCUCGAGGGUAUCAAAAUUCCUGUUGUUCCUGAUCUUGCUGAGUUCUACUCAUUUUCGGUGGCAAGUCCCUCAAUUAAGGUGGAGACGGAGCAGACCGAGAGGCCUGGUAAAACAAAGGACCUGAAGAAAGGCAAGAAGGGAAAGAAAAACCAACAAAAGCAAAAGCAGCAGCUACAACAACAAAAUGAUAGUGUUUCAGAACCGGAACAGCUGGAAAUUGAUGCUAAACUCCCUGUUUGCGUCAAAAGUAUUGUCUUUUCAGGCUUUAAUCCACCACCAGGACCGCGUAAAUUGGCAGGUGACAUUUUCUAUUUAGAGGUGAUACUUGCUGGUGACAAUAUGCUCCACCACAUUACAGCUCACGUCGAUGGCUUUUACGUAAACCGUUCAACAGCUUCAAAAUUUGACCCGCGCCCACAUGAAACUAACCCAGCGCGUUCUCAUCUAUUAGUGGAUUUGUUAUGUAAUAUAUCACCAACGUUUCAGGAGUCAUACGAUGCACUGCUUGCCAAAGCUGCGGCUUUGGCGAAGUCAGGACCGUCUUCAAUUGAGUGGAUGGUAGCUGCUGGUACUAACUUGGGUGGCAAGCUACCAUGGAAUUCGCCUAUUGCUAUUUCUUCGGGAGAGCACUCAUAUGACCUGAAUCGUGCUGAAGAUGAGCUUUGCUCUAUGUACGGAAUGGAUGAGCGUGGUGUGUUACGCGACUGGAAUGAGGAGUAUCAGUGCUGUCGAGAACUACCAAAGGAUACACUUAAAGACGAAAUUGUGCGCGCUCGUGUCAUAUACAAGAUAGUGGCUGAGUUCGUGGAGGCUGCCACGCAGGGUGCAGUGGCUAUUGUUGAGGGAAAUAUUCCUCCUAUCAAUCCCAUGGACGACAAGAGUGCAUACGUUUACGUGUUUAAUAACAUUUUUUUUUCAGUUUCAGUUGAUGGAAAGUCAACGAAGGACGCUAGCGGAGGGGAGGAGAACACUUACUCAGCUGCCAAUCGCGAUCUUCAGGGUGUCAAAGCGUUUAAUGAAGUAGAUACCAAGGGAUUGCACACACUGGCUACUACUGUCGUCGACUAUCUUGGCAUUCGAGUCAUUGCUCAAAGUCUUAUUCCAGGUAUCCUUAUGGGAGAUGCUGCCUCAAAGCUAUUGUACGGCUCAGUAGAUCACGGCAAGACGAUUGCAGCCAACAGUGAAAUGCAUGAGCUCAUGUUGGAGGCAGGCCAAAAGCUGCAUCUUGCGGAACGUUGCAUUAAACCCUUAGGGAAAAGCGAAGAAGAUUUGGCUGCUGAGGCGAAGCAAGAAGCUCUCGGCGUUGCACCUGUAAGCGGUGGCGAAGCCAACACAGAUGUGACCACUAUUUGCGGGGCUGCCGAGGCCAAAGGUAUUAGAGGCUCGGACGGUCGUUUCUAUGUCUUGGAUCUUGUCCGCAUAACCCCGAAGGACUGGACUUUUUACAAAAGCCGAGACGCUGCUUCCAGUAAUGUUUCUGAGAAGAAGAAGGGCGAAGUUGAAGAGGAUGGUCUACGCUUUGCGCGUAACGACGAAGGGUAUGUAGCUUUGCUGCGUCCAGAGCUGGUCCAGCUUUACUCGCUUUGGAAGCAAAAUCAGACUCGUCGUGCUAAACGUGAAGCUCGAAAGCUGGCAAAGGAGGCAAAGAAGGCUGAAGACGAAUCGGGAGGGGUACCCAAUGCUAAAAAACAAAUUGAUAUCUCAAGCGAGAAAACUGAAACCGGUGCUAAAGGAGUUGAUCCCACGAGCGAGAAGACUGUAAGCGAUGCUAUAGAAAAUGUUGACUCAGCGAGCAAGGAGACUCAAGCCGACGCUAAAGGAGAGGCUGAUCCCGCGAGCGGGAAGACCGAGGAAAAUGAUUCGGGAGAUGAUGAAGACGUUCCUCCAGUCCUGUUAAACCCGAAUGUUUUUAUGGAAUAUGCUGCUUCAACUGAUCCAACGCAGGCCGAGGCUGACGAGGCCAUUGCGAAGGAUGCAGCUGAGUAUUUGCAGCGAAUUGUGAUACCAGCGUUUGUGGCUGAUGUACGGCGUGGAGCAAUUGCACCUGCUGAUGGUUAUGCUCUGACGCAGCUUAUGCACUCUUGUGGUAUAAACAUGCGUUAUUUGGGUCGUUUGGCAUCGCUUGCCAAGAAGUUGGAAGCUAUCAGUAGCAUUUCAAAGUACUUGCUCGAACUGCUAGAGGUAGAGAUGAUUUCACGCGUUGCAAAACACAUUUUAGCGGAACUGUUAAACUCCAACGACUCUAUUCGCGCCGCCCCUGGCAUGACGAUUGUGAAUCUCCUCAACAGCCUCUUAGGUUCAAACAUAGCUGCUGAAGACAAUUUUGACGCAAUACAGACUAAUCGUUUCGAUGCUAUGACGAUGGUCUCACAGGAUGCCACGACGCUAUGGAUACGCAUCAAUAAAGAGAUUAAAAUGCGAUUCGACUACAAGUUGUGUCUAUGGGGUCCUAAUUGCAAUGAGUCAUGCAGCGAGGAUACUGACUUUCCUGUCGGCCGUGCAAACAAGUACGUCAUGCUCCGACGUGUGUGUCAGCGUCUCGGUUUUCGCGUGGCAAGUCGUAAUUAUGAUUUUCUAUCAUCUUCGCCAAUUGGCCUUGCUGAUAUCACUGCAGUUGUACCUGUCGUAAGGACGUCGUUGCCCACGCAUCCGUUGCCUCAAGCCAAAAAGCUCCUAGAGCGUGGUCGCAUGAAUUUAAGCCAGGGUGUUUUGUCAAGUGCGUAUGAGUGUCUCCAAGAAGCUUCCUCUCUGCUUUUCCAAGUGUGUGGCGCUGCUCACGAAGACGCUGCGCUCUGCAAUUCUUCGCUCGCUACUGUUCUCUACCAUGCCGGUGACGUUGUGGGGGCUAUUGCACAGCAACAGCGAGCGCUGGCGCUGUAUACACAGCUUCAAGGUAUUGACUAUCACGACACAGCGUAUGCUCACGCGAAUUUGGCAUUAUUUCUGCAUGCAAACGCCCAGACGGAUCUAGCUGUACCGCACAUUCGCCGGGCUAUUUACCUGUUAGAAUUUUGCUGCGGGCCUCACUUUCCUGAAAUCAGCUCACUUUAUUUCAAAAUGGGGAUGAUGUGCCAAGAUGUGGGUCAAAUUACGCUAGCUUUGAUGUGCCAUCGCGAGUCUCUCCGCCGUGGCGAAUUCGACCGUAACCAGGCGGCUAAUGUAUUGCACCAAAUGGCCCUUGCAUGCAGCCUAGCUGGCGGAUACCGUGAAGCACUUGCGUACGAGAAAAAAGUGUACUCACUCAUCAAGGAGGCAUUCGGAAGUGAUGAUCCCAGAGUUAUUGAGUCAGCCAAGUUUAUGGCAAAAUUUACUGAAAAGGCCGUCGAGGGUGCUAAGGGUCGCCGGGAAGUUGACGCUGCUGAGGCGGCUGAUGCAAUUGCCAAUGAGUUACUCGGUGAGCUUGAAUUUAAAACGGCCCAAGAAGCUAAUGGAUCACCACCUGUAGCCAAAAAGAAAAAUCGCAAGUCGAAGAGCAGUGGUAAGAAGCAUUAA